AUGCUGGACCUCAACGCCAAUCCAACGACUAGCUACAAUGCCGAGCUCAAAAUCUGGUCCGGCGCCCGUGAGCAGAGCUUUUACAAUGACGAUCUGACCAUUGGUCAAAUCAUAUUCAGGCAGCUGCAGAGCGAACCACAACGCAUCUUUCAGAUAUCGCAUAGCGAAAAUACGCGUCUCACUCGCGCCCAGAUGCUGCACAAUGGGGCCAAGGUGAGUGUCUAUCUAGAGGCGGAGGGAUAUCGCAAGGAAACGGAUAUUGUGGGACUGGUAGCCAGAAAUAGCACACAUUUGGCUGCACUCGCCUAUGGCUGUCUGUUCAAUGGAACACCUUUUCAUGCCAUCAAUCCGAAUCUGGAGGAGCACACAAUGCUAAACCUGUUUGGUAUAACCAAGCCGAGGAUUAUCUGCUGUGAUGCACAAGAUUAUGAAAAGCUUCGAAAAAUUGCAACAGCAUUGGGUACUAAAAUUAUAAUCAUGCAUGGACGUAUGGCGGGAGUCAUGAGCAUCCAGGAGCUGUUGCAAGCAACCAUACCGGAGGAUUACAGACCAGCCCAGUUUCAACGUGGUAUCGAUCGCAUCAUGGCCAUACUCUGCUCCUCGGGCACAACAGGCACCCCCAAAGCGGUCACCAUAUCAAAUAGUCGCCAGAUAUUCGAGAGUCAUAGCUAUCUAAGCCCCAAUGACAUACAAUAUGCGCCGAGCACUCUGGACUGGCUUACGGGUUUAAUCACCCUGGUUACGGCUGGAGUCUAUGGCACAGUGCGUCUCAUUUCAAUGGAGGUUUUCAGUCCCACACACUUUCUGGCCAUGUGCGAGCAGCAGAGCAUCAGCUGGGCGGUGCUGGCUGCCUCACAUAUCGCUAUGCUUGCCAAUUGUCCAGGGAUAAGUGCGAAACAGCUGUGUAGUUUGCGGCAUUUGCUCUUCGCUGGUGGCCACACACUUGUCGCAACUCUCCACAAGAUGCAGUCACAUCUGCGCGGCGAGGACAUCCUGCGCAAUGCCUACGGCAUGACGGAGCUGGGCGCCUGCAUCUCCUAUAACUCCAGCAUUCACACGAAGCCCAAAUCUGUGGGUCUUCUCGUGGCCAACGUACGCAUGCGCGUGGUGAACCGGUCAUCAGAGACAGUGGGUCCAAAUGAACAUGGGGAACUCUAUUGCCACAAUGGACAGCACUGGAGUGGCUAUUAUGGCAACUGCCUGGCCACAGCUGAGUUGAAGGACAAGGAGGGCUGGAUCCACACUGGCGAUUUGGGCUACUUCGAUGAGGAUAACUAUCUGCACAUUGUGGAGCGCAAAAAGGAUAUGCUCAAGUAUCUAGGCAUGAUGUACUAUCCACAUGAGAUCGAGGAGAUCAUCGCCCAAAUGCCCCAAGUCGCCGAGGUGUGCGUCUUUGGCAUUUGGAAUGAGACCGAAGGCGAUGCAGCCGCUGCAUCUGUGGUGCCCAGGCCGGGUAGUCAACUGCACUCCGCUCAGGUGGUCCAAUUUGUGGCCGAGCUUAUCAGUGUUAACCAUAAACAGCUGAAUGGGGGUGCACAGAUUGUGCACCAGCUGGCGAAGAGCGCUAAUGGCAAGGUCAAUCGUCAGGCCGUGAAGGCCGCUUAUCUAAUAGCAGCAGGGAAAACAGAGAUAACUGAUUCAUAAUAGGUUGUUCCCAAAAUGUUGAUAAGGUUGCAAGCACUUAUUGUGAUGCAAUCUAGGCUGCUGGACUAGUAAAAACACUAUACAAAAUCAAUAAAUGCAUUAACA